UUAGCGGAGCGACACUCACGUACGCGCCGGCCAUGGACGAACUUCUCUCCCCGUACGCCCCAUUCUUCCCGUCAUCGCCGCCUUCCCAGUUCUCCGCCGCCGAGGGGCACCACCACCAGGUCUUCGAGCUCGCCUCCUGCGAGGUCCCCGAGCAAUGGCUGGUCGGCGACACCGUCGUGCCGGCCAAGAGCGAGGACGGAGAUUGCGUGUGGCCUGCGGGGAGCUCCUCGCUGUCGCCGGACUCCGAGCUUCCGGGGGAGAGCCUCGAGGCAUCGACGACGAAGCGGCGUGGGCGGAAGCCCGGGCCGCGGCCUGAGGGGCCCACCGUCAGCCACGUGGAGGCCGAGAGGCAGCGCCGUGACAAGCUGAAUCGUCGGUUCUGCGACCUCCGCGCCGCCGUGCCCAGGGUGUCCCGCAUGGACAAGGCUUCCCUCCUCGCCGACGCCGUAGCCUACAUCACCGACCUGCGGUCCUGCGUCGCGCGGCUCGAGGAAGAGGGCCGGCAGGCGGCGGCCGCGAGGUGGGAGACGGCGAACGCGUCCGCUUCUUCGUCCCGAAGCGGCCACUCCGGGGCCUCCCUGCAUCACCUGGCCGGCGACGACGUGGUGGAGGUGCGGAUGGUGGGGAAGGACGCGGCGGCUGUGCGCGUGAUGAGCUCGGGACGAGCCCCGCACGCGCCGGCGCGGCUGAUGAGCGCGCUCCGGUCCCUAGAGCUGCAGGUGCAGCACGCGUGCGUGAACCGCGUGGAGGGCGUGACCGUGCAGGACGUCGUCGUCGACGUGCCCGCUGCUCUACAGGACGACGACGGCGACGGCGUCCUCCGGUCCGCGCUGCUCCAGAGGCUAUGUAGAGCCUAG